AUGGAUGAAGACAAUACGGCAAAGAGCGAAGAACAGCAGCUAACUUUGCAGAAAGCAUUACAGCAAUGUGAAUUGGUCCAAAAUAUGAUAGACAUCAGCAUCUCCAGUCUGGAAGGGUUAAGGACUAAAUGUGCCACAUCAAAUGACCUCACGCAAAAAGAAAUAAGAACACUGGAGGGCAAACUAGUGAAGUACUUCAGCCGCCAGCUUUCCUGCAAACGCAAGGUUUCCCUGAAUGAGCGAAGUGCUGAGUUAGAGGGAUUUCCUCAUCUUGUGCAUUGGUUCCGGAUUGUAAAUAUCCGCAAGGAAGUGAUCGAGGACAUAACCCCUGACCAACUGACACUAGAAGCACUGUUAGAGAUGACCGAUGAAGAAGUGUGUGAAACGGUGAAGAAGUAUGGAACAAAUAGCGAGGAAUGUGCCAGAUUAAAUGCCUCACUAUCCUGUCUAAGAAGAGUAUAUAAAUCAGGGAGUAGCCAUUCCAGCCAGGACUGGGCUAUCCAGUGGCCUACAACAGAAACUGGGAAAGAGAACACUCCUGUCAGCCAAGCAGAACCAGUCCAGUGGCCUGGAUGCCAUAUGACGCACAGUCCCAAAUUCCCAUCAAAGUUCAUGCAGCAAGACUUUCAUUCAGUGCCUGCACUGGGACCCACUUGUACAUACACCGAUAGACUGACCAUUGGAGAUCCAAUCGGACUUUACCCUACAUUUGAGAGUGGGCCAAGUUCUCUGCCACCUUCUCCACGACAACGGCAUGCUAUGCAUACUCCUCCACGAACUCCUCCCAUAGUUACAACAAUGACACCUCCAGGAACUCCUCCAGUGAGAAGAAGGAAUAAGUUGAAACCACCUGGAACACCUCCGCCAACUUCUCGUAAACUGAUUCACCUCAUUCCUGGUUUCACUGCAUUGCACCGAAGUAAAUCACAUGAGUUCCAGCUAGGAAACAGAGUGGAAGAAACUCAAACACCAAAAGCAAAGAAAAAGAACAAACCUCUAAAUCUGAAGAUUCACAAUAGUGUUGGUAGCUGUGAGAACAUCCCUGCUCAGCGCUCCCCUCUACUCUCUGAACGGUCUUUGCGGUCCUUCUUUGUGGGAUACCCAUCUUUUCUUCCUUCUACUCCUCCCGUUCACACUGAAGCCAAUUUCUCAUCAAAUACAUUGUCAGUGCCUCGAUGGUCCCCACAGAUUCCUCGUAGAGAUCUGGGGAAUUCAAUUAAACACAGAUUUUCCACCAAGUAUUGGAUGUCUCAGACCUGCACAGUUUGUGGGAAAGGGAUGCUUUUUGGCUUGAAAUGUAAAAACUGCAAGUUAAAAUGCCACAACAAAUGCACCAAAGAAGCCCCACCUUGUCAUUUACUCAUCAUUCAUCGUGGAGGGCGACCAGAACUGGACACAGUACUCCAGAAGAGGCCUCACCAAUGUCCUGUACAACCUCAACAUGACUUCAUUAAUUCUAAAAAUGCACCUGGAAGAUAUUGGCCAUUGCACAUGGGUCUUUUGAUUAAGAAGUGCUUAGAUAACCAGUCAAGACUUGUGCGAACAGAAUCUGUGCCAUGCGAUAUUAACAAUCCACUUAAGAAGCCUCCUAGGUACUCUGAUCUGCACUCCAGCCAAACACUGCCUAAAACCAACAAAAUUAAUAAGGAUCACAUACCUGUCCCUUACCAGCCGGAUUCUAGCAGUAAUCCUUCAUCAACAACGUCGUCAACGCCAAGCUCUCCAGCGCCACCACUACCUCCCAACGCGACACCUCCUUCACCCCUUCACCCAUCACCACAGUGCACUCGGCAACAGAAGCAAUUCAAUCUGCCAGCUUCUCAUUAUUUCAAGUACAAGCAGCAGUUCAUUUUUCCUGAUGUCACACCUGAGGUACAAAGCCGAACUCCACAAGUUAUUCUCCAUCCUGUCAACUCAGAUCCCAUAAAUGAAGGAACUCCCUCACUUCGAGUGGAAGUGAAUGAACCCACUUCAGAGAAUGAAGAUGCAAAUGAUGAGGCUUAUAAGUCUGAUGGUUCUGAAGAUGAUUUUGAAGAGAUGAACCUUUCAUUGUUGUCUGCACGUAAUUUUCCACGAAAAGCAAGUCAGACUAGCAUUUUCCUACAGGAAUGGGACAUUCCAUUUGAGCAACUAGAAAUUGGAGAACUCAUAGGCAAAGGACGCUUCGGCAAAGUCUAUCAUGGUCGUUGGCAUGGAGAGGUAGCAAUCCGUUUGAUUGAUAUUGAAAGGGACAAUGAGGACCAUCUAAAACUUUUCAAAAGGGAAGUGAUGGCAUAUAGACAAACUCGACAUGAAAAUGUGGUACUAUUUAUGGGAGCCUGUAUGAGUCCCCCACACUUAGCUAUUAUCACCAGCCUCUGCAAGGGAAGAACUCUGUACUCUGUUGUUAGAGAUGCUAAAAUGGUGCUGGAUGUGAACAAGACCAGACAGAUUGCUCAGGAGAUUGUGAAGGGAAUGGGUUACCUUCAUGCUAAAGGAAUUAUUCACAAAGAUUUGAAGUCAAAGAAUAUUUUCUAUGACAAUGGAAAGAUAAUAAUUACUGACUUUGGUCUCUUCAGCAUCUCCGGAGCUUUACAAGAGGGCAGGAGAGAGAGUGAAAUGCGGAUCCCUAAUGGUUGGCUGUGUCAUCUGGCUCCUGAAAUUAUUCAACAACUUUCUCCCUCUACAGAUGAAGACAAACUCCCAUUCUCCAAGCAAUCAGAUGUAUUUGCAUUUGGAACUAUAUGGUACGAGUUGCAUGCACGUGAGUGGCCUUUCAAGAAUCAGCCAACAGAUGCGAUAAUAUGGCAAGCUGGAAAAGGCAUGAAGCCUAAUCUAAGUCAAAUUGGCGUGGGAAAGGAGAUUUCGGAUAUCUUGCUUUUAUGCUGGGCCUAUGAACAGGAAGAACGUCCCAGUUUCUCGAAAAUCAUGGAGCUACUUGAGAAACUUCCCAAGCGAAACCGCCGCCUCUCCCACCCUGGACAUUUUUGGAAGUCAGCCGAAUAUGUUUCCCUUAGCUCCAAUGUGUGA